CGAGCGCACCAGCAUGGUCCUGUUGACACCGUUCCAAUUCUUUUACCUUCCCUUCAGUUUUCCCUCGUCUUGUGUUUGCAUCUUAAUUGCCAUUUUACUCUUAUGUGAAAACAUUUAAUAAAGCUUAUUCCCUCAAUCAAGUGUACGUAAUAGUGCGGUCCGUAGUUCAUGAACUCGAAGGUAUAAAGCCCUAUGGCGGUAUUGUAACCAACUCAUUGGAACGCAGCCCUCGUUUACGCUUCGUGGAUAAGCAGCUGGCGGGAAGGUUGGUUGUUGUGGACUAGUUGUGUUGGUCAUGUAUAUUUUAACAGGAGCUUAUCGCAAAUACUAGCUGGAGCAGCCCGGGCAUGAGUGGCCCACACCUGGACGAGUGGCAGCGGAGGUCCUUUGACAUUUCAUCCGGCACCUGCACACCUGAACAGAAGGCCGACGCCUUCCGGGCGCACAUCCUCUCCAUUCAGUAUGCAUGGGCGAGCUCCCAGCUCUCCCGGGCCGGCGCCGACAGCCUGCUCAGGACCUUCUCGGAGCGCUACGCCGCCGUGCUGGACUCCGACGACCCGCACGCGGGGUUGAAUAACUAUGCGGAGAGCGCCCUGCACCUGGCCCGCAGUCAGCGCAACCACAGCGACAAAUGGGAGUCGUCCCUGACGGCGGGGAGCGUGCUGGAGCUGGCCUGCGUGCAGAGGAUGAUUCAGGCCGGGACGGAGGGGGGGGGCGGCGGCGGUGGCUCCCGGGUGGAGCCGGCAGAUGUUAACAUCUGUGUCGGACAAGAAGGCCGAGGCAGCAUCGCUCCAUUAUUCAAACCCUCAGGAGCUGAAGUGUCCAGAACGGCAGAGGGUAGCCACACCGCGGGCAGAGCGCCGGGGGCCGCUGCAGAGAGGGGGCGUGGCUUUGAGGAGGGGACCACCGGCGCCGACGGCUUGGGCCGCCUUCCCGCGUGCGGCCAGUCUUUGUUCGGUCAGGCGGCUCCGGGGAACUCGGGCCUCGCCGUCGCCGCGCACAACCGGCCGUCCGCCCCCUUCCCGCCCUCCAACGCUGGGAAGCGGAAGAGUUUCUACAACCAGACGGGAGGGACCUCCGGGGACGCGGGCGCCAAGGGAACACACCGAGGCCGGAGCGGCUCUGAGACCCCAGCAGCAGGGGGGAACUUCCGAUCCGCUCUGGAGCAGUUCAUCGUCGAGCAGCAGAAGAAGAACUCCCAUCAGCCCCAGAGAGGCCCCGCCCCCGGCCUGGCGGCGGCCAUGAAGAGGUCCCUCGGCGCCAACCGGCCCCGAGGGGCCGCCUCUAAGUUUGUGUCGCCGCUGCCGAGAUCCGAGGAAGAGGAGGGCGGGGCCAGCCUCGACAGCAACCAAGAGCCCACGGUCGUGGACGAGCGGCUGAAGAACUUCGAGCCCAAGAUCAUCGAGCUGAUCAUGAGCGAGAUCAUGGACCACGGGCCCCCGGUCGCCUGGGACGACAUCGCCGGCCUGGAGUUCGCCAAGGCCACCAUCAAGGAGAUCGUGGUCUGGCCCAUGCUGCGCCCGGACAUCUUCACGGGCCUGCGCGGCCCGCCCAAAGGCAUCCUCCUGUUCGGGCCCCCCGGCACCGGGAAGACCCUCAUCGGGAAGUGCAUCGCCUGCCAGUCGGGGGCCACCUUCUUCAGCAUCAGCGCCUCGUCGCUCACCUCCAAGUGGGUGGGCGACGGCGAGAAGAUGGUGCGCGCCCUGUUCGCCAUCGCGCGCUGCCACCAGCCGGCGGUCAUCUUCAUCGACGAGAUCGACUCGCUGCUGUCCCAGCGCACCGACGGCGAGCACGACUCCUCGCGCCGCAUCAAGACGGAGUUCCUGGUGCAGCUGGACGGGGCGUCGACCGCCGCCGAGGACCGCAUCCUGGUGGUGGGCGCCACCAACCGGCCGCACGAGAUCGACGAGGCGGCCCGCCGGCGCCUCUCCAAGCGGCUGUACAUCCCGCUACCCGAGGCCGCCGCCCGCCGCCAGAUCAUCGCCAGCCUCAUGGCCCGCGAGAAGAACGAGCUGGCCGCGGAGGAGCUGGAGGGCGUGGUGGCGGCGGCGGAGGGCUUCUCCGGCGCCGACAUGACGCAGCUGUGCCGCGAGGCGGCGCUGGGGCCCAUCCGCAGCAUCCAGCUCAGUGACAUCGCCACCAUCAGCCCCGACCAGGUGCGGCCCAUCCUCUACCGCGACUUCCAGGACGCGCUGAGGGCCGUGCGGCCCAGCGUCUCGCCCAAAGACCUGGAGCUCUACGAGGACUGGAACCGCACCUUCGGGUGCGGCCGUUGAGACCGACCGGAUUAUUUCAUAAUGUUUGUUUCUGUUUCCUCUGGGUUCGAUACAUUGUCGGGGAAACUGUUGUUUUGAUACAGUGACUUGAAUAUCUGUUGUUGUGUUUUGAGUUAAUAUUCGGGUCACUGUUUUCUUAAUUGUUGUUGUUCUCUGGUUUUCGUUCCCUUGUGUGAGGGAGCUUGAGAGGUGGAAACCUGCAUUAUAUCUGUUUGUUAAGCGGUGGACCUGGAGGACUGACUCGCUGACCUGGAGGUUAAUAACCACUUUCUACAUUCAUUACCAAACGACCUCCAUAGUUCUCCGUUUGCUCUCACAAACAAAACUGUGAUGGUUUGUGACUUGUUUUUCCUGAAAGUUGUGCCUUUCAAUAAACUUAAAAAGAGGAAUGGUUGUGCUUACUUAUUAUAUAUUAUUCCGAUUCUUCAUUCCGGUGGAAAAAGCCUUUCUGUUUAUAUACUAUCUAUCGAAUAACGUGCCGUGGCUUGUAUCGGUUGCUAAUAUAGCAUGAUACUGAGGGACGUUCCCAUAAACUUCCGCUGAGUCAAGGCGGAGGCAGUGAGGUUGUUCCCUUGGCUCCUCGUGCUCUGGCAGCGGCCCGUGUUCCUGAGGCUGGAUGAGCCAAUCACGAGUGUGGAAAUUGGGCAACAGUGAGCUCCUCCUGGGUUGCGUGAUAAAGAAACAGCACUGUUGUUGCGCUGCCGGUGUGGCCAGCAGAAACAGACCGCAACGGUUAAAUCCCAAUAAAAUGUUUGUUCUUACCUGAUGCCUUAGGUACAGUUGAAUUGAUAGGACUGUGUCAGUCUAUAAAAGUACAACAAGC